CUUCUUUCUUCUCAUAAGCUAAUUUGGCCAACAGGUUCGCCUCUGGGGGAUUCAUUUGUUGCCUUCACUGCCUACCCCAUCCUUCCUCUCAAUGAAGUGAUUGGCUUUGCAGUGAACUGCAUAGAUCGAAAGGGCCAUGCCAUCGACACUCGUCGGCGACUCUUAUUGUCGUCGGCUGUCUUUGGGUAGGCCCGAAAUCCUUUCAUCAUUGCAGUUGCUGUCUCAGCAGCUGCUUGGAGAAGAGGCUUCAUCAUCAUCAUCGCCACCAUCUCGAGGCCUUUGCCGUCCUUAUACUGCUGUCUCAUCGCCGUAAUUUCCUCGUCGCCGAGAAUUUCGCAUUGUGUGCGAGAGUGUUUUGUUUGCGCCCGAUGCUGCUUCCGCGUUUGUUAUUUCUGGGGUGGGCAGGCACUACUGCUCAAAAUUGCUUGAAAAUGGCCUCUCCUCGCUCCUCGGCCUCCUUCUCUUCCUUCUCCAGUUGUAGUUGUUUGUUGCGAGGUUCUUCAAUCUAUGCAGACAUGAUCACUCGUGUCUGCAUUCGCCGCCACCUCUGUACAUCCUUCACCUUCAAUUGCAGUGAUGAUGCCAGUGGCCGGCAAGAUCAAGAUUGCUCACCAAAAUCAUGUUGGCGGUCCAGAAUUCAUACCGGCACGACAUCUGUUGAGCAUACAUUCUUUUCAUCAUACCAGUCACUGCCACAGCUGCAUGGAGAUGAGUAUCAAGGCCCACGUCGAGCCCGCUGGGCCGCCCUCACAGACCGUCCUCAGUGAGCAACUGACUACGCCUUCAAGAGCACGCGCUCCACGAGGCUUGAGACUGCAUCCACACAACAUGACCGUCUCAUGUGGAUCAAGUAUCUUCGGUUGCGGGCACCGUCGCAUCAGCACAGCCAUUCGCAUCACGACGAGCUUGCGCAAUGCCAAAGCCGCCCGCCGCGGAGAGAAUGCGCACGCCAUCGCAUCUGCCAACCCAGUGAGCUCGCCACAAUUGAAGCUGCCACGGGCGAGAAAGAGCAGGGAGGAUCAUGCGGGACCCAGCGAGGAAAGAUGA